GUGAAAACAUGCCACGUAUUUACAGCAUCACGGGCGAGCUGUUGCCUUCCCCUAGGAUGAUCAGUUGGAAGCUACACCCGGACCAAACCGGCCACGACAACAACACCAUGCUGGUUAUGCAGAUGGGCCAGUUUAUCGACCAUGAUAUUUCUCAUGCUCCUGUACUGACAGAUACAAAUUUCUCUGUCAGAUGUUGUGGCGUUCUCCCUGAUAAGCGUCUACCGGAUUGCUUCCCCAUCGACAUCCCACCUGGUGAUCCGGUGUUCAGCAACUGCAUGGAAUUUUUCAGGUCGCUUCCGACAAUGGACGAAGAUGGCAAUACCCUCAAUCCCAGAGAACAGAAGAACUCACUGACAUCUUUCAUUGAUGGCUCAGGCGUCUACGGGUCUGACCUCAAAACGUACAAUCGGAUUCGAUCAGAAAAUGGAAAAGGUAUGUUUUUAAAUACGCGCCUGGUGCAAGGACAAGAGCGACUGCCCUUACAUCCAGACCCGAGUCCCGCCAGCUGUGUCUCCUCCAACACUUCUGUUUCCUACUGUCAGUUAGCAGGUGACAAUCGAGUUAACGAACAGCCAGGACUAGGUUCUAUCCAUCUGCUCUUCCAUCUUCACCACAAUCACAUAGUUCGACUUCUUGUUGAUGGCAUCCUCCAGAAGAGAGGACAACCUUCUUCGCCUCAAGAAAUUCGGAAGUUUGUGAAAGAAUCCCCUGACAACAUGAAGGAAACAGUCUUUCAGGAGGCCAGAAAAAUUCUCGGUGGAAUUAUUCAGAAAAUCACCUACUGUGACUGGCUGCCAAUGAUUCUAGGACCUUACCUCAUCGAGAAGUUUCAGCUGGGCUGCAGCAGACGCAGUCGGUAUAAUCCAGAUGUUGACCCUAGAGUAGCAAACAGUUUCCUGGCAGCUGCUCUACGGUUUGGGCAUACUCUCAUUCCCAACGUCUACAAUUUUGGGGACAAGAAAAUCCAUCUUAAGGACUCUUUCAACAUCCCAGAUGCCAGUAUCCGUUACUUUGACAACAUCAUCCAGUGCCUAAUUAAAGAGGGAAGCGACGAAGCAUAUGACAGGUUG